CAAAUCAUGUAAAAUAAAAGGGGCUGUCAAUAAUUUUUCCGAGACAAAAUUCCUCUAUAAAUAUACCAAAGAUUUUCCUAGAACCCAGACUCAAACAAAAUCUCCCCAUUACUUAUACCAAUACACAGAAAGUAACUUACACUAAUACACACACACAUUAAUUCAGACAAUACCAAUAUAAUGGAGAAGAUAUCAAAUUUGUUAGAAGACAAGCCAGUGGUGAUAUUCAGCAAGACCUCGUGCUGUAUGAGUCACACGAUCAAGUCGCUCAUAUCUGGUUACGGUGCGAAUCCAACGGUGUAUGAGCUAGACGAAAUGUCUAAUGGAUCAGAGAUCGAACGAGCACUGGUCGAGCUUGGGUGCAAACCGACGGUGCCAGCUGUCUUUAUAGGGCAAGAGCUCGUAGGUGGUGCAAAUCAACUUAUGUCUCUUCAAGUCAGGAACCAACUAGCCUCGUUGCUCCGAAGAGCUGGAGCCAUAUGGAUUUAAGACUUAUGGAUAUGAAGCAAUCACGUAAUGUUUUUAUUUCGAUAUACAUAACCAUAUAUCUUUUAGUAUCAGUGUUUGAAGCAUAUAUAUAUUAAGUACAAGAAGAAGAAGAAGAAAAGCAAUUUGGUACAAUUUCGCUUUUGUGUUUUGAAUGCAAUCGCAAAUGUUUAGGAAUAAAGUCGUAUCUGCAUAAUAUGUAUUUACCCGGCCGAGGAUGUUAAAGUGAUAUAUCAGUUUUUGUUUAUUUUUGUUUAUUUAUAUAUUAUGAUUAUUUAUGCC